UUCCCCUGCGCAAAUAAAGCUCACUUCACUAAGUUCAGAAGAGAAGAAAAUGGAGCAGAAACUGAACAUAGAGCAAUUCACAGGCCAGGCAAGGCUACCAAGCUUUGCAGUUCCAAGUCGUUACGAUCUUCACUUUAAACUUGAUCUCUGUGAAAGUGCUUUUGCUGGUACUGUAAACAUUAACCUCUGCAUCCUCGAAAAGACUAACUUUAUUGUCUUAAAUGCUGCUAGACUUAAUGUUUAUGAAGUCUUGUUCACUACCUCUCACAACCAAAAAUAUAGUCCUUGUGAUGUUGUUCUGGACAACAGUGAUGAAAUACUUGUGUUGGUCUUCGAUGAAGCUCUUAGUGUUGGAGAAGGAGUAUUGGGGAUCACGUUUUCUGGGAAUCUUAAUGACCACUUGAUGGGGUUUUAUAAAUGUACUUAUACGGACAAAGAAGUGAAGAAGAAUAUGGCAGUUACUCAAUUUGAACCUGUGCAUGCAAGAUGCUGUUUCCCAUGCUGGGACGAGCCUGCUCUUAAGGCAACCUUCAAGAUAACAUUGGAUGCACCAUCAGACUUGACUGCGUUGUCUAAUAUGCCCAUUAUUGAUGAAAAGGUCAAUGAGAAUGUAAAGACUGUUUAUUUUGAGGAAUCUCCGGUCAUGUCAACAUAUUUGGUGGCUGUUGUGGUUGGUUUAUUUGAUCAUAUUGAAGAUAUAACUAGCCAUGGUGUCAAGGUUGGAGUAUAUUGCCCUGUUGGCAAGAGCGAUGAAGGAAAGUAUGCAUUAGAGGUUGCUGUUAAGUCACUUGAUAUAUUCACCAAGUUUUUCUCAACUCCUUACCCACUCCCUAAACUGGAUAUGGUCGCUGUCCCUGAAUUUGCUGCUGGAGCUAUGGAGAAUUUUGGUUUGAUCGUAUACCGUGAAAGUCUUUUGCUUUAUAGUGAUUUGAAAUCUACAGCUAGAUGCAAGCAGAUCAACACAAUUGUUGCGGCACAUGAAGUGGCUCAUCAAUGGUUUGGCAAUCUGGUAACAAUGGAAUGGUGGACUCAUUUGUGGCUUAAUGAGGGUUUUGCAACAUGGAUAAGUUACAUGGUUACUGACAUCUUGUUUCCCGAGUGGCAAAUAUGGACUCAAUUUCUUCAACUAUCAGCUGAUGGCCUAAGUCUGGAUGCACUACAACAAUCACAUCCUAUCGAGGUGGAGGUUGACGAUGCUCAUGGAAUUGAUGAAAUUUUUGAUGAAAUUAGCUACAAUAAAGGAUCAGCUGUCAUCAGAAUGUUGCAGGGUUACCUUGGGGAUGACAUAGUUCAGAAGUCCUUGAGUUCAUACAUGAAGAAAUAUGCUUGGAAAAAUGCAAAGACAGAAGAUUUAUGGAGAGUUAUUUCGGAGGAAUCUGGUGUUAAUAUAAAUUCAAUGAUGGACUGUUGGACAAAGCAGAAGGGAUAUCCUGUUAUCUACGUAAAAUCCAAAGAUCAAGUUUUGGAAUUUGAGCAGUCACAGUUUCUGUCAUCUGGUUUGCAUGGUGAUGGAAUAUGGACUGUUCCAAUAACUUUGUCCUUUGGUUCAUACGACAAGUGCAAGAAGUUUUUUUUGGGAUCAAAAAGUGAAAGAGUUGAUAUAUCAGAAAUGUUUCCUUCUUCAGAUGGCAAGUCAAGCUCACUCAAGGAAAAUAAUCAAGAACAGUGUGAUGAAACUUUAUGGGUCAAAGUUAAUGUUGAGCAGAGUGGUUUCUAUAGAGUAAUAUAUGAUGAUGAACUUGCAGCUCGACUCAGGAAAGCAGUGGAAAAAAAUUGCUUAUCGGCUGCUGACAAACUUGGCAUUUUGGACGACAUGCUUGCUCUUUCCAAGGCUUGCAGACAGCCAUUAUCAUUUUUGCUUCUGUUGAUGAGCGCAUAUAGAGAAGAAGUUGAUUAUAUAGUGUUAUCGAAACUCAUCAAUGUUUGUUAUGAUGUUAUUGAGAUCUCAACAGAUGCCAUCCCAGAGUUAGUCAAUGAAUUGAGAAAAUUUUGCAUCAGUCUCCUUCAAAAUUCUGCUGAAAAAGUAGGUUGGGAAUCAAAACCUGGAGAGAGUCAUUUAAAUGCAUUGUUAAGGGGAGAAGUCUUUAUAGCUUUGGCUAAUUUUGGCCAUGACAAAACUCAACUAGAAGCGAUGGAGCGCUUUCAGGUUUUGUUGAAGGAUAAAGACACUCCAAUACUUUCCCCUGAUGUGAGAAAGGCUGCUUACAUUGCUGUAAUGAGAAAUGCUACCACCACAGAUAGGCGAGGCUUUGACUCCCUACUGAAGUUUUAUAGAAAAGCUGAUGCAACACAAGAGAAGGAACUGAUUUUACGGGCUAUAGCAUGUUCUCCUGACCCUGAUAUAGUUGCAGAGGUUUUGAACUUUUUGAUGUCAGAUGAGGUUCGAGAUCAAGAUGUUAUUUUUAUAAUUGGUGGAAUAAGCCUAGAAGGCCGUGAAACAGCAUGGAGAUGGUUGCAGGAGAACUGGGACCAAAUCUUAAAGAAAUACGGUUCAGGAAUUAUACUCCAUCGUUUCGUUAGGGGUAUUGUCACACUGUUUUGCAGCAAUGAAAAGGCUGAUGAGGUUGAAUCAUUUUUCAGAAAUCAUGUGAACCUUGGAAUUGAAAAGAUUUUGAUGCAAAGCAUUGAACGAGUCCGAAUCAAGGCAAGAUGGAUUGAAGGCAUCAAGCAAGAACAUUCUCUUCCAAUCCUACUCAUGCAAUUAGCUCAUGAAGGGUGAAAGUAUAUUCCAUGAUUUUAAUACUAAAGAACAUUAUUUGCCUGUCUUGUAGCAUUAAUAAAACGACUGUAAUGGGGCCCUCGAAUUACCAGAAGACAUACAGGAAACUUGUUCACAGAACAAGUGCAUGUUUUUAUAUCAAGACAUUAUGUAGCUUCAUGUUCAUCAUACGUUCUGAAGAUCUUAUGGUGAUCUUAUAAACUGCAUUCUCUCUUUCAUAAUGUAGAGUUCUUGGAUCCCAAAGCAAAAUACCGAAAGUUUCUUAUAAUCUUGGUCCAAUAAAAGCAAA